AUGAAUCUACCGGAAUUUCCCUCCGGCGGAAGCUUAACACCGUCUCCAAAGAAAGAGCUACAAAUACAAGGCACACGUCCGCCGCCUCUCAGAGUCAGCAAAGAAUCUCACACAAUCCGGAAACCCCCGCUUCCUCCGGCAGCUCACCACCAUCCUCCGGCGGGAGCCUCACAGCACCGACAACCUCUCAUCAUCUACUCCGUUUCUCCGAAAGUCCUCCAUGUUACAGAAAACGACUUCAUGGACGUUGUUCAGCGUCUCACCGGUCCAUCCGCAGGCGAUGAAGCUAAUCAACAAUCCGGAGCGGUUUCACCGGCGGCGAGACUCGCGUCUAUCGAAAGAACGAGUCCGACGGAGAGAGAAAGAGCUCAAAACGUAGACGACGACUUGACGUGGUUACUAGAAGGAGUUGAAAUGGGACAGUUCCCUGGGAUAUUAUCGCCGGCACCUGCGACUUUACCGCCGAUAUCGCAGGGGUUUUUUUCACCUAUGAACGAACCACAAACGACGCCGUUUUGGCAUGAUAUGAGUCCCUUUUGGUAUGGGAGUAGUUUCGUGGGGAGUCCGUCGGGUUUACUCUCCGCCGCCGUGGUAUCGCCGUUGCCGUCGCCAGAUCUGUUUAGUAUCUUCGACUAA